AUGUUAACAAUGAAUUCAGAUGAUAAGGGAACAUAUUAUAUAAAAACUUAAUAAGAGAUUGAACUUGUGAAAAAACAACUAUAAAAGUUAAAACCCAACUGUAUUUCUAAUUAACAUAAUGAAUAGCUUAAACAUCAUCAUUUCUAUAAAAUUAAUAUAACUAAUUAAGUGAUUAGUUAAAAACUCUUGAAGACAAAUUGUCAAAUGUUAAUUAAGCAUUUUAUGAUCAAUUAAUCAGUAAUUUUGAUAACACUGUCCAAAAAUUACCUAAUGUUAAUGAUAGUAUGCAAUGAAUAAAUUAGGAAAUCUCUAACCAUAAUUUUAUACUCACACUCAAAAUAAUAUGUACCAGCAAUCAGUUUAAUUGCCAUUCAUUGAUCAAUUUCUAAAUGUACGCACACUUCCUUAAGUGAGGUAUAAAAAUAAUAUAAUUUUAAUUAAGUGUAGAACCACUAGGUAAAUCAACAUUAAAACCAAAAGGUUUACAUAGUGUAAAAAGUUCUAUUCAAUGUAAGUAAAUAUUUAAAGAUGAUUUAAUUUAGUUAGUAGAAAGUUUUAAUCAAAAAAAUAGUCUUAACAAUAAUUACCUAAAGUAGAUGAUCUAACUCUGUAUAAAAAAGGAAUUACUGAACUUAUCAAUCAAGGAACUAUCAAAAAGUAAGAUAUCAAUUCUUUAUUAAAUCCAAACAAUAUUGCUUUUAGAAAUUAAUAAGCAAAGUAAAUCACAUAAGAUAUUUUAUAGCUUUUUUGAAUACUCUGAUCAAUUCGGAAGUAAAAUAGUAUAAAUUGAAAGUUAAUCCUUUUAGAAUAUAUAUAAAACAGAUUUAAAAAAGGAUUCUGUAUAAAAAAAUACAUAAAGUUAAGGAAACAUAUAAGUUAAAGAUAAUAAAGUGAAUUUCAAUGAAAAAAAAAUGAGUAUUUAAAAUAAAUCAAAACAAAAAUAUGUGGAUGCAAAAGAAGCAACUUCUUUAUCAAAAGAACAUGAGAGACCUAUUACAGAAUAAUUAUAAAAUUUAAGUACUUAACAAGAAUAUAUGAUUUAUGUGAAAAAUGGAUUAUUACAAACAGAUCAAUUAUAAUAUAUUUAAUUUUAAAAUAGAUAUUAUGAAAAUUGGAGCAAGAUUGAGCCAAUUUUAAUAAGUUUAUAAAAAAUAGCAUAAUCAACUUCAGUUAAGGAGUGUAGAAUACUUGGUUCAAAAGUAUAGAAAUUAUCUUAAGAAUUUGACAGAAGUUAAGUAUUUACAAUGUCAGAGUUAAUAUAAUGUUUUGAGAAUUGGGAAGAGUUAUAAAAAAUAUUGAAGGUUCCAACAUUAUUAUAUAAAUCAAAAGAUGGGAAAAUUAUGGCAGCAACAAAAAUAUCUGCUUUGUUUAGAGGAUUUAAAGCAAGAAAAAAUUAUUAAAGAUUAAAAGUUAUGGUAGAAAAAGUAAUUAUUAUUCAAAGAUCUAUCAGAGUUUCAUUAUUCAGAAAAAAAGUUUAGAAAUAGAUUAUAAAAAAUAAUAAUUUAAUGUUGGAGAGAUUUAAAAAUAGAUAGAAUGUAUUUAAAGAGGAAUGGCCAUAUCUUAAAUUAUAAUAAAGAUUUGAAAUUCAUUUGAAUUCAUUUUCCUUUGAAGAAAUCAAAAGAUUAUCUAUGGAUAAAUUUUCUUAGAGAUAGAAUACUUAAAUUACAAGAAUAUUUAAUUUAUAAGAUCCUCUUGUGCAUAUAAUAUAUAUAGCCCCAUAUGAUCUACCUAGUGAACUGAUUGAUUACUUUUAUAAGAUUCUAAAUCUUGGAGAUAUUUCAGAUUGUAAAAAUCGAUUAUAUUUUGUUUGGCCAGUAUUAAAAUAAAUUAUCUUAGGAAAAUCACAAUAUUUUCAAUAAUCAUAUUGGAUUGUCUCAAUUACUUUAUUAUUCACCUAGAGCAUUAAAGAGAAUCAAAUCAUUAAUAAGAGGAUAAUCAGCAUAUAUUGUACCUGGUGUUUGUUCUAAUGAUGAUAUUAAGAUAUCAGAUAUAUUAAACAUUCCAAUAUUCUCUGGGAUUCCAUAAUUGCAUCAAUACUAUUCAACAAAAUCAGGUUGUAAAGUGUUAUUUGAUGAAUUAUAAUUGCCUUAACCUCCAACUAUACGUAAUAUUUACGAUGAAAAAGAAUUAAUAAAUUCCUUAUCAGUUUUAAUAAUAAAAAAUCCAAAUAUAAAUACAUGGAUAAUUAAGGUAGAUGAUGAAUAAUAAGGAAGAGGCAUAGCAUGGUUAGAAGUAUAGAAAAUGAUUAAAAAUUUAUAACCAUUAGAAAUCAAUUAGUUAGCAUAAUUACUUACAAAAAAAAUUAAGAAGAAACUUCAUUAUGCAUUUCCUCACUUAUAUGGUGGAUAUCAUGAAUUUAUAAUGUGUAUAGUUAAUCGAGGAGGAAUCAUUGAAGGAUCUCCUUUAAGUAGAUUAUCUUAAAUACAUUCAAUUUCAUAUAACUUUAAAGUGGAACCUGAUGGAGAUGUCUCAAUUUUAGGAUCAUAUGAAAAGAUUAAAACAAAUGAUAUUUAAACUAUUGCAUCUUUUAGUCCUUAAAGUUUUUUAAAGAUUAAUCAAGAAAUAGUAUGUAAUCAGAUUGCUUAAAAAUUAUAUAGUAAAGGUUUAAUUGGAUAUUUUACAAUAGACACAAUAGGAUAUCAAUUAGAUAAUAAUAAGUAGGGAUUUCAAGUAAUUGGAUUAGAUUGUUUUUUGAAUUAAUAUAGUAGUGCCUCUAUAUAUUUUGAUUUUUUAAUGAGAGGCAAAUUAAAUAUAUCUACUGGUAAUUAUUAUGUGGAAGAUACUAACAGAUAAAGUAAUGUUAGAUAUUCGGUUUAUUGUCCAACAAUAAUGAAUGAAGGUUUGGAUGUAUUAUAAUAUAAGACAUUCUUUUAAUUAUGUAGAUUGGAAUCAAUCUCAUUUAAUUUAGAAAAAAAGAUUGGAUCCACUUUCAUUCUUGUGGACUCAUUAUAAAGUGGUGUAAUAAGUUUAAUGACUGUUGGCAUUAACUCUCCUUAAGUUAUUAAAUAUAUGAUAGAUGCUAUUGGAUUUAUACAGAAGAAUGUUGGAAGAGGCACUGAAUCUAUUUAGAUCAAUACUAGGUAAUGAUUAAUAAUAGUUUAAUUUAGAAGUGAUAAAAUCAAUAUGAUGUCUAUACAUUAGAAGUUGAAGACUAUGUUAAAGAAAUUGGAAGGAAGUGAGUAUUAAAUUCAAAAUAGCUAAUAUUUAUGA